CGAUGAGCUCUUCAGUAUUUGAUAUUAACAAUAUUAGCCGUUAUUCCAGGAUAUGUAGAGGUUGAUAUUUCCGUAAUUAUCUUUCAUUCUUAUUUUUGUCCUAUUGUUAUAUGAGUGUCAUAAGUUAGUAGCAACUUAUUAACGAAUUCACUAACUGAGUAAGUUUGCUCGUACUUUUUUAUUCUGUAAUCCGCUAAAUGCGAGUUAUUACUGCGACAGCAUAUGUUACAAAGGUCUUUAGUGAAUCAGAAUAAUUAUUUUAUGUAAUAUAUGUUGUGAUAACGUUCUUUAUUUUACAAAUAGACAAACACUCGACUGUCUUUUAGAAACGAUGCAUUUUAGUGCCAGAAUGGUUGACUGUAAAAUUUGUACUAUGUGCGGAUCUUCCUUAACCUAACCGGACAUAUUCGCUGCCGCCAGCUUAGCUCAGAGGUUAGAGCACUGGUCUUGUAAACCAGGGGUCGGGGGUUCAAUUCUCCCAGUUGGCGCAGCAUUUUUGCCCCUCACUGAUAACUUAUUUUGCUUCUUGGUUUACAUAUAUAUAUAUAUAUGUCGAUUCUCUAAUACUUGGGUACAAUCUGUGUACAAUACAUGUACAGUGAUCUAUUUGGGCUACUUUUUUCUUGGCUCUCUGCUUGAUGAAUGAAUGCAUUUGGACCGACAGGCUGCUUUGCUGAAAGCACAGGAAUGAGCUAAAUCGAUACAGGUUAGAAGUUUUGGCACGUGACUGAGUUUCUAGUGCAACUAAAUUGGAACGUUGGAGCGCAGCUGUAGCUGCCAUUGAGUAACACGUGAUUGUUAAAUGUUAACCUCUCACCGCACUCUCCUAAAUGAUAAGAGCACAAGAAGCAGUGAAAAGUCAAUAAGAAAUGAUUCGUAGCCGGCCCUUGCUAUCCGCUUUAUUGGCGACUAUUUCACUUGGCGCUGUACUCGCACUUCAAACUUACAGUGCAUUCAACAAAGACGUAUUAUCAAGGAGAUCACGAAGGCUCGCUGGAAGCAUGGAUUUUAAAUGUGUCGACUUUUCCGAACCAGCCAUUCCCCAGAAAAUUCUGGAUAAGGUUAAGCUUGUCUCCGUAUCAACCGCCUCCGUUAGCGUGUUGGGCAUUCCUGUUCGUGUUCUUCGAGUGGAACACACAGACGCAAAUUCAACGGCGAAUGUUUUACUUUUGCAUGGGCAAGCAUUUUCCUCUGCUACGUGGAUGGAAUUGGGCACGAUACAGCAUUUGGCAGCCAUGGGAUAUGCGGUAGCUGCUGUAGAUCUUCCGGGAUUUGGUAAAACACCUGCGAAAGCAGGACUCGACAAGGCUCUAUUUCUGGAACAACUAAUGUACGCUUUGUCAUUUAAACCUCAGGGCACAGUGAUCGUGUCACCAUCAAUGAGUGGAAGUUUCUCCAUACCAUUUUUGAAUAAGCAUCCGAAUCUCUUAAAGGGUUAUGUGCCUGUUGCUCCCGUAGGAGCUGAUCUGUUGAAGUCGCCACCGAGUAAAGCCUGUGGCGAGCCUCCGAAAAAGAGUUCCAUUACACAUCCGCUUCUGCUGCGACACGCGCCGUCCGUACUCCCUGAUCUGUCUUGCUACGCCACGCCCACUCUCGUCGUUUUCGGUGAAAAGGAAUCAUCAGCGUUUUUGUACGGCUGUGCUCUUUUGAGUUCUAUGCCCCGUGCAGCGACUCACAUGAUUCCGAAUGCGCGUCACCCUGCCUACCUAGAUGAUCCUCAACGUUGGCAUACCCUUCUCUAUAACUUUAUAGAAGCACUACAAUAAGACGUUGAUUCAUUCCGGAAAAAGGUCUUGUACUUUUCUCAAAAAUGGCAAACAUUUAACGAAGCGAGUCCCGUCGCCAAUUAUUCUUAUUCAUAUUUCAAGCUAGAUAAACGUACACAUGAUUUCUGCAGGUAACGAAGAUACUUCAAACUUCUGAUUCAUUUAUAUGAAAGGGUUUCAAUCUGGAUAUUCACAAACAUUGGUGUUACUUUAAAAUAUAUUUAAAAAAAAAAAUAAUGCUUGAAGUAUUUAUUCCAGGCGAUAAUAUAUGGGUCGCGUAUCUGUACGGUUUAUCAAUAAUUAUAUCCUUUAGAUAACUGAGUGGAAAAAUCGGAGUUCUCGUUAUAUUAUAUACUAUAUUUGCUUCAAAUGUAUGUGUUCUAAUAAGCUCACUUUAUUCUUAAAUACAGAGACUACGGAGUGCGGGGGAAAGGUUUGUGCGAUUUCUGCGCCAACGCAAACAGAUUGUUGUUUACUGCACUCUUAUUAGCCUAUAAAAGCUGUUUUCUUUUCGGGAAACCGUACAAAAGAACUGCGCUAUACUUCCUCCUCUUAAUUACAGUCCAUAGUUCAAGUAUAUGAUCAGAUGUUUUAUUCAUUAUUUUUACUUGUCACUUAAAUUCGUCAAAAUUUAGUAGGGAUGGCACACCGCACCGUUAGCAAGGUGGUGGAAGCUAGGUUAGGAUAAGAAAUAGAAUCGCUGUUCGCUAAACGCAAAUAGGAAGGGCAUACUUCGAUCACGGGAAGGAGGAUCGAUCUUUUUAUGCGUACGCAAUCUUUUUCUCAAAAGACUUUUUGUUUGAAACAGCUUAAACAUCGUAUGGCGGAAACUGAAUGUGCGGAACUUGACCGUUAGUAAGCAAAAGGACACGUUCUGUGUAAUGAGAUCUUAAUCUCAUUUUGAACACUGCCUAACCAAAGAAUCCUCAGACAAAGCCUCGCGUCAGCACCAAACGGUUCCAGUGUUCGGCUUGCGGGGUUUCAAUCAGCGAGCGAACUUUUGACGCACAAUUCACGUAUCUUUUGCGUCAAUCCCUUACUAGCAGAGCGAGAUACUGCGACCCAUUAGUUAAUAUUUUCAUUUCUAAGUGCACUUUUUAUACUUGUCAGAUAAUGCGGUAACGAUGACGUGAGUUAUCUUAUUUCUUAGACGGACUUUUUCCUUUCGCCUUUCGCCUUGAUCAGCUGUCACCAGUUACUUCUGAAGCAGUCGUAUGAUGAAUUGCCAACAACAACAAUACAUGUGAAGCUAACGAAUCGAAAGUGAUUUAUGAUAUACUUACGUUCAUAUUCGGCAUUACAAGGCGGACACUUGUAAAAGGAGUCAAAGGUUUAAAAUGCUAAACAGAGCACUGAAUAAACCACUGCCCCAAAUGUAAUGUUCGCUUGUACGAUAAUCUCGUUUAACAGAAUUUUCUCCG